CCCAGUCCCUCCUGGUCGCCUGGCCAUCUGUCUGCGGAGUUAGGCCAGUUAGGGAUGUGAGUGCUGGGCUGGAGUCAGGCAAGUGCUAGAAGUGCUAGGAUUCUGGCCCUGCCAAAAACUUAACUGGCUUUGUCCCUUGAGCCCAAAUCCCCCCCGACACACCUGAUUUUUCUCAUCUGUAAAAUGGUAAUCAUGCUAGGAACAACCUCUUGCGGUUACGAAGACAUGAGAUCAUACAUGUAUGAUCAUAUAGCACAUUAGCACAGAGGCCAGUGUUGGGUGAACUUGAGUGAACAGUUGGGCUGAAAGUCUAUCUUUGGGAGAACGAAGUAGUUAGCAGUGAUGGUGCUGCAGCGCUUGCUGCCCUGGAGUACUUGCCAGACGAUCUUUGGGUCUGAGGAGGCUGCGCUCUGGGGUUUGAAGUCAAUAAAAAGGAGCUGCCACAAUUUUUGUACUGCUGUUUGUCAAGAUGUCACUUACAUGGAACUUAAAAACCUCCUGAAGUCCAAAAAAAUUAUGUUAAUUGAUGUUAGAGAACCAUGGGAAAUUCGUGAGUAUGGAAAAAUCCCCGGGUCCAUCAAUAUACCAUUGGAUGAUGUAGGUGAAGCUCUACAGAUGAACCCAAAAGACUUCAAGGAGAAGUACCAAGAAGUAAAGCCAUCCAAAUCUGACAAUCUAGUGUUUUCUUGUUUAGCUGGAGUGAGAAGCAAGAAGGCUGUGGUCACAGCAAAGGCUCUGGGCUUUAACAGUGCUCAACACUAUGCUGGAGGAUGGAAGGAAUGGGCAACCUAUGAACUUUCAGAGAAGAAACAAGGAAAUUGAAUUUUGGAAUACAAGCUGACCGUUUCCUUGUGUCCAUGCAGCCCAGAAUAGUGGAAUAAGCAAAAGAAUAAAAAUGUAGCCCUGGAACCACUGGUUAAUGGGAAAGGGAUUUUGUAUAAGUCAAAAAAAAAAGAAAGUCUGUCCUUGGGCCCAAGUGCCUGCGCCUCACCGCCUCUACCCUUUU